CCUUCUGCAACGUCAAGGUCUCUCGCUCAGCCUCUGCAAAGUGUUGCCUGCAAUUUAGUGUACACAUAAAUCACCAAUAACGUAAAAGCCACGUUGAUGAAAUUGGGUAGUCAGGCGGUCGUUACGUGUUCAGUGAUUGGGGAGGGAAGAAGGGAAGCUUUCCAGCCGCCCUUAUCGCUCACUUGGCGAGUUCUGUGCAACGACCGAAGGUGGGUGUGUGUGUAUGUGUAUGCAGGACCGUAUUCCUCCAGCUGCUUUCGUCGUCGAUGUCGUUGUUUUGGGGGUGGUGGGUGAAACUUGGCUGCAAACGGGAUCCAUAGUUAAGCAAAAGUGCAGAAAUAGCUCCUCGCUUUCUCGUUGUCUGUUCGCUCCAUUCAAUCGGGGUUUCGGCAAUUAAAUUUCCUGUGUGCGAGUUCGGUGCCAUUCAGUCGAUUGUGGGCACCCUUUUCGGUCGAGAUAUAAGUCGAAAGGCAGUAAUGAACAAUAACGCGCAAUCGUUAUAAAUAGUUCCAACGGAUUUGUUCGGUUUUAUCAGCAACAGUCUCGACUCGAAACCCCCGAACGAAUCGGAGAUAGAGGCAGGAUAUUCUUUCUGAAACCAGGGCUUCUUGGUCCCGUUUGGGUGCUGUCAGCAGAUGUGAGCUUCAUUUUGGUUGUGAAAAGAAAAUCCCCAUCUGAUGAAAAUUGGAUAAAUUCGUAAAAAGGAGAUUAAGGACCGCGGUGCCGUCGGCACAUCAUCCUUCGCAGACGGGACGCCGAAACGUAUGUGCAUGCAUAGCUUGCCAACAGAAACCCAAACAAAACUCGAUGUAGAUAAACAUCCCACCGGUGCCAUGGAAGAGACACGCCGUUCCAGGAAGGAUCUCAAGAAGAGUCAUGCCGAUUCCUGGCCCAGCCGUAUGUCGCUGCCGGCGAGUCCGAAAAUAAUCAAAACCACCGAGGAGGAUACUGAGGGAAACAGCAGCAGCGACGUGUUCGAUUAUUGCCAGUUAUCCUCGCAGGCAUCGUCCAGCGUCCAGUACGAAUACGAUGCCAUUAGCCCACGGUUCGAACGAAAACGGUUCGAGUUCUGCUAUCCGACGGUAUCUAAAGAAGACUGCUCCAAUAGCAUAUCAUUGGAUAAUCAUGACAUAGAUCGUAAGAAAAAACGAAUUUAUCCCAGCAAAACGCCGGAUAACUCCUUAGAGAAUGAACCAAUUCUUACCGAAUCGAACGCCAGUUGCAGUUCACCCGGCCGCAGGAGCUCAAGGGCAAAAUCGCCCGGUCCAUCACCUCGUCCUACGCGCCGUCAACUCAACAGCGAGAUCAAUAUCACGUCCAAUCCGGGCUAUCAGGUCCUACGGAAUUCGCACUCGACGCUGGAUCGAACCUGUUCGGACAGUGUGGUGUCGCUCAAUUGUCACAAAUCAACCAGCGAUCUAACACAGGCCAGCGAUGCCACCAUGGCUGGAUUGGUUACCGUGGGCCGAAAGGGUCGCCGGAGAAGCAGUCACAAGGGUGGCCUUGCUUAUCUGGCCAGCCGGCGAAGCUCGCGGGAUUCGGUCAAGAGUGGUGCAUCAAACACGUCCGUAUUUUCGAACGAGGACAUCGGUCCGUUAGCCUUUCAGGCGUCCGCCCGGGGAAGACAGAGGCGAACAUCGAAUUUCCUCGAACUACCCAUUCCUGACCAUGCGAGACCUCGUGUCUGCUCCCUUCCCGAACGGCCGUACAACCCUAGGCAGAGUGACGAUCUGUACCGGUUGAGACAUUUUUCCAUCAGUAAGGGUACGGUGGUCAACUGUGGAGAUUCGAUCAUUUCACGGCGAUCGAAAAGCAACACCAGUGUCAACUCUACGGCUAGUCGUGCCAGCGAACGUUCGCCCUUUGACGGCUCCUGCUGUGGAGGUGGAUAUGCCACGGUUGAUUCGCUGCCCUCGUCCCCAGCCCCGGAUGAUGACGAUAGUGAACCAAUUCCUACUAGGUACCGCGUGGUGAUGCUUGGCGACUCCGGUGUCGGCAAAACCGCUCUCGUCUCCCAGUUUAUGACGUCCGAGUACAUGCACACGUACGAUGCCAGUUUGGAUGAUGAAUUUGGCGAGAAAACCGUUAGCGUCCUGCUCGAUGGCGAAGAGUCGGAGAUGAUUUUCAUCGAUCACCCCAACGUGGAGAUGAGCGUGGAGAACUCGUUAUCAACAUAUGAACCGCACUGCUGCGUCGUCGUGUACUCGAUCGUGAACCGAAACUCGUUCCGCGUCGCCGAGGAGAUCCUCAACUAUCUGUGGUCGGAAAACUACACCAAAGAAAAGGCGGUCAUCAUUGCGGCCAACAAAUCCGACCUGGCGCGCUCCCGGGUGAUCAACACCUCCGAGGGUAAACAGUUAGCCACUUCACGAGAAGCGAAAUUUAUCGAGACGUCCAGCGGAAUCCAGCACAACGUGGACGAACUGCUGGUGGGUGUAGUGAAGCAGAUUCGACUCAAGGAGCAGCGGGAGAAACGGGCCAGUGCGACCAACCUACGCAAUUCACGCACACAGAUGUCGCUGCAUAUUGCCAAGGAAAUUCUGCACAAAAUCUGUCUCACCGAUAUCACCAAGUCGAAGAGCUGUGAAAAUUUGCACGUGCUGUAAAUCCGAAGGGUAAACACAAUCAACUGGGAGUCCCUCGUGUCGUCUCGGAACGUCAUUGAAUUAGGUAAUGAUGUAUGAAAUUGAAAAAAAUGAAACAAGGCCAUCAAUUUCCCAGUAGGCUAGGCCAUGUUUUUGGAAACUUACUCAAACCCCUGGCCAACCACAAAUGAUAAAGCGAAAUUAGGGAAAACAAUCAUUAAAAUAGAGAGAGAGAGAGAGAGAGAGAGAGAAAUAAAGUAACGCCUUCUUUCGUAGAAAGGCCGGCACCCCGACAGAUGUGUGCCAAAUUUGACCUCACUGCAAAUCUGCCAGAUGUGUACACACUUGUUGGCGCUCCGCUUGCUAUCAACAACACCGGAAUAACCUGUUGUUGUUUUCUUUCACUCGGCAAGGAAGGAAGAAGGCAAAAGUGGCGUUUUUAUUUUCUUCUUCUUUUUUCAAACUGUUCCCUUGAGCUUGACACGUCAGGAAUGCGCUUAUGUUUGCUGUAUGUACCCUUCAGGUGCGCGCAUGUGAGUCUGUCUCUUGACAGUGAAAUUCCAAUGAUUUUGAGGGAUCAUAGUGUGUAGUAUAUUUACCAGCUGUAUAGGAAGUAACGCCUCCCACCGAACCAAAAACCAUAUGAUUAACGCUUUAUUGAGAAACGCGCAACCGGCCAGUAUUAGCGCCGGGUCACGGUGGCUCAGUUAAUUUAGAAGCAAGCUAACUCUUUUAACUUCGGUGUGGAUUAAGUAUAGUAGCAGAAAAAUAACGUAAAACAUAUUAGCUUACCAUCCAAAACCCGUAUUAUUAUACAUAGAAACAUUAAGAAAAUUAGCCAGAAUGAAAUGUUGAUUCUAAAAGAAUUUUAAAUAAACUAGCAUAUGCAAGCAUUACUACAUUGUGUAAGACUGGAGAUACUAUUUUGUAUAAUAUUAAUACAUAAUUAGGUCAGGAAAGCUGCAAAUACUGAUCAUAUGUUUGGGGGAGGUAAAAGUUAAACAAACUUGUAACGGAACUCAGCCCACUGUACAAUUGUGUAAAACCCAAGAAAUGUUAACUCGUAAGAAUUAUUUCUGCUAUUCGCUUUAGGCUUUUAGUGAUAAAUCGAGGAAUUUCUAAACAGGAAGUGCUCUUCUUUGUAGCCGUGUGCAGGGAACAGAGGGAGGGGGGAUAAUUUGAAAGACUCUCGUUAACAGUAUCUAAUUUAUCAUUUUUUAUCCGAAAAAAUCGGACUGACAGCCAAAGAUUAUUGUUCUUUGGGAGUGAAGUGAAAUAGUCCUAAUAUUUUUGGGUAUUCCCAUUACAAUAAUUGAACGAGCAUCAUGCUAUGAGCAGUAUUUAGAAAUGAUUUCAAAGCUAUUGGGAGCAUACUUUAAAAAUCUGUGACCGAGCCUCGUUGUGUCAUUUUUUAUUUAUUAGUGGCAUCAAGGCAAUAAUUAUUGUCAUCUAAUUUUGAUUGAAAAAAAAAACAAUCUUAUGUUUCUUGCAAUUUCUUUUCGCUAUAAAUGUUGUUGAAGAGACGUUUUAUUGUUCAUUGUUCAUUUCGCCCGUCUUUUUCUUUAUUUAAAUAAUUUUGAACAUUUCAAAUUGAUCUCACAUACAUCCAAAGAUUGACCUUCCGAUUUGUUUAUAGUCUGCAAAUGCAUGACGAAUCGGAUAUUGUAUACGUUCAAACUCAAAAGAUAAAUCGUUUGUAUUGAUCGGAAUGAGUACAUCCUCGUCUUUUAGCUUUCAUACACCAUCUUGAUUCUAAAAAUACCGAUAUUGAGUGGUAUUGUGCCAAAAAUUCCAAAUAUGCCAUCUGUAAUCGAUAUUUGGCAGCUGUGCAUCAUCUCGAUCAGUUUAGAAUGCUUUCCGGAAAAAUUGGUUGAGAUAUUACAUUUGUAUGGGAGCUCCUCUCCAGACUAUCUUCCAGACCCCCUUCCUCCUUCCAGACGAUGGAGGGAUGUCAAAAGUAUCAUAUAAACGUUUGACAUGUCAAAUUUGGUUCCAUUUGCAUGAUUAGUUCCCGAGCUUUGCAGCAAUCAGUGUUUGAUUCGUAUAGAAGCCCUCUCUUCCAGAAAAGGGAAGGGUGCUAUACUAUACAAAUAUUUUUCGCUUUCAAAAAUUGUCACAUGCCAAAUUUGGUUUCAUUUGCAUCUUGAGUUGUGCAGGAAUUUGUGUAUCAUUUGGAUGGGAUUUCUUUUUCCAGAAUAGGGAGGGUUGUUGAACCACCAUUAAAAUAUUUCGUGCUCCCAAAAACCUUCACAUACCAAAUUUGAUUCCGUUAAAAACAUCUACAUGCAAAAUUUGGUUCUAUUUGCUUGAUUAGUUCUUAAGUUAUUCGUGAAUUUUUGCUUCAUUUGUUUGCGAGCCUUCCUUUCCAAAGGAAGAAGGGGUGUCAAACGACCGCAGGAAUAUUUUAUGCUCCUAAAAACCUACACGUGCCAAAAUUGGUUCAAUUUGCUUAAUUCUUGAGUUAUGCACGUAAUUUGUGUUUCAUUUGUAUGGGAGCCUUUCUUUCCAGAAAAGGAAGGAGUCACGAACCAUCAUAAAACCUUUCUCGGCCCCAAAAACCCCUAAAUACAAAUUUUCACGUCGAUCGAUUCAGUAGUUUCUAUGUCUAUAUAGCUCAAACAGACAGACAGACAGACAGACAAAACUGCAUUUUUAUAUGUUUAGAACAGUGGUUCUCAACCUUUUCCUCGAGUCCUUUCGCUUAGCACAAAGAGCUCUGCGGCCCCCCAAUGAAUUUUAGAUACAAGUUUUGCAAUAUGAGGCUGCGUUUUUCAGUCUCAUGUCGUCUUGCAACUCUUAUUUGAGCCGUUGCGGAACAGAGUGGUCUAUGUGCCAUCGAGCAAAUUUGUCAGGAGAAGCAAUUUUCGAAAAAUCUCUGAAUAAAAUUCUGUUCAUCGGAUUCUUCCAAACAAAAUGUUCUAAUAUAAAGGUUAUGAGGUGGUUUAACAUGUGAAUACAUAAAAUUACCUUUUUUUGGCGAAAUAAGUGAAAUUAUCAUACCAAUGUACAUAGACCACUCUGACUUCAUAUAUAUUUUACUGGAAUCCUCGUAUCGUUUCGAGACAGAGUGGUCUAUGUACACAAACAUAAAUAAAAAUUACGUUAACUCGUACAACAUGGCUAGUGCAUGUUAUACGACAUGUUAUAUGACAUGUUAUAUGACAUGUUAUAUGUACAUGGCAUGUCACCUGUAACAUGUGAUGUUUAUACAUGUAACACAACAUGUUACAUAUUACAUGAUAUUUGACAUGUUACAUUUUUCGUGUUACAUUACGUGUAAAAUGUUACAAACCACGUGUAACAUGUUACAGGACAAGUGACAAGUCACAUAUCACAUGUAAUAUGUUACAUGUCACAUGUUACAUGAUGGCAUUGCCUCGAUCUUUGUACAUAGACCACUCUGUUCCGAAACAGAAUGGCCAUUCUGUUUCGGACGAAAAUUCAACAUGGUAUAAAUCAGCUUUAAAGUUCGAUUUUUCGAAAUUUUUCUAGUCUCCUAACUUCUAUUUCUUGAGUAGAUGUGGAUUAUGUAAAAAACUCAUUUUUGAAAAAAAUGGUCUUUAGACCACUCUGUUCCGCAACGGCUCAAUUUGUCUCACGUCUUGUUCCUAAUACGCAGAGCGGAAGAGUUGAAAAUCCGCUUGCACAGAGAUAUCUAGAAAGACAUUUCAAUUACAUUCAUUGUUUAUCAGCCAUCGGACCCCCGGUUGGGAACCACUGGUUUAGUUCAUGUCCGAGCAAAUUAACAGUAUUAAAUUUCAUCGGAAACUUGCCGAUACGAUUUUGAAGUAGAAUACUUCUCUCAGGAAGUUCGGCUACAUAGGGAUGUGAAAUGAAAAUCUAAAACCGAAGAAAGUGAAAAAUAUGUCCAAUUUCAAAUGCUAAUAAAUCGGUUAGUAUUCGAUGGAUUUCCUUCGUUCUUGCAGCAAUAGAUUGGAAAAUCUUCUAAGAUUCUUCCCAAAAUAAGAUAAUUGUAAUUUUAAUAUUCACACUAUUGUACUAUUGAAAAUAAUCAAGCCUUGUCAAAACGAAAAUUUCGACCUCUUAUUGGUCGUUAUAUGCUUGCUUCCCAAGCACGGUCGACAGGAUCAUAUACCUUGCAAUUGAAAACAUGCUAUUUGGCCUGUUUCAGCCGGAGCCGCUCAUAAUAGUUCUAGAUAGCGACAACAGCAGUCGUCCUUCCUUAGCAGCAGCACUAGCCCUGUGGUUGGUCACCACGUCUCAGGAGCAGCGCGGUUUUUCUCAGCGUGUGUCGCCAGACAGCCAUUAUUCCCCCCGUGUUGGGGCAGCAUGAAGAUUGCCAUCAGGAAAUCCAAUUUUGGAAAUCAAAAUGCCUUUUUCAAGGCAAAUAAACAAGUCAUUGAAAGUUAAUAAUUUUUGUCAACGCAAGCAAGCAUUCUGUGUUGCAUCCUAGCAAUUUAAAUUUGUCGCACCCGUCUAAUUUACUGAAUGUGAAAUAGCUUCCACAGUGCAUGUUGUCCGUGUAUCUUAAUUACCCCAAUGUUAGGGCAGCUCAAAUGUUGUAAUUAGCAACCGAUUUCGCAACACGCAACAGCGAGCAAACUAAAUCGCUUGAUGUUACAAACCGCAAUAAGAUACGGGUUAAAACCGUUGCAUGUGUGAGAGCACCAUCGGUGUUUAUUCGCUGGAUAAAAAAAUCAAAUGCGAAUUGUGGAAUAAUUCGUCUAAAGAACAUAAGGAAAUGGUAAACCUGAACUGAAAGGCGUAGACGUAGCACCCUUCGGCUAUAAAAGAGUGUUUCUGGGAAACUAGCUACAUUCAUAAGUCGGAAGGUGAACUGGAUGGACCGUCCAAAGCGUUGACAGCAGUAACAGCAUAUAUCGGCACUCAGCAGUAACAGACCAUAGCAGCGGGUUGCGCCUGUGGUUGCCUUCAAAUUUAACAAAUCACUUGCCCUGUGGUUGGUCACCACGUCUCAGGCCUCUGCUAGGCUGAACGCCAACGCGAGCAAUCGGGCGAGAUUUUUGCCGUACAUCAGCCGACGCUUCCUCUAAUGGAAAAGUUGGAUCAUUUAAUGAAAAUUGAAUAUUACUGUCGGUAAUAUUACAGAGAUGUGAUUGCAUUAUAUCCGAUAUGGAAUUGAACAAUUGUUCUUUUGAGGACAAACAAAACACUUAACUUGAAGAGUUAAUAGUUUUGGGUACCAGUAGCAGUAUGGUAACAGCCUCAGCGGUAGUAGGGUAGUUUGGGGUAAUUUGGACCCCCUAAGGAAAACUCCUGUUAUUUCGUAGCCUGUGCUUUCUAUCCCACAAACGUAAUGUAUUAUACUAUUAUUGACCUGUUUUCUAUGUUUUUACACAAAAAAUCAUGAUAUUGAAGUCAAAAGAACUAAAAAAAAUAACGAAACUAAAAAUAAUGAUUUUCGGACAUAAAAAAUCGUUUGGGGUGAAAAUGGACAACUAUUAGGGUAAUAUGGACAGUGUUUGGGGUGAGGUGAACAGAGUAAAAAAUGUGAGUUAUCUAGUAUUAAUGGUUACCUAAUACACAGUAGAAGGUGAUAUUAGGUAUACGAAAUGAUAAUUGAAAUUCUUAGGCAUUGCACAAUGAUUCUACCAUAGGCCAAAAAAAAUUACCCUUUUCCAAUUAUUCAAACUAGCGCGCGCGAACACACACACAUGUGUGUGUGUGUGUGUGUCAGUGUGUGUAUGUGUGACUUAGUGUGUGUGUCAAUGCAUGUAAUAUAUUUCUUUACCCGAAGUUUCAUUAGAAUCGGAUGAUAUAUCAAUUUUUGGAAGCACUUUGAAUGUUGCUGUGCCAGGAAUUGCAAUUAGUUUUAUGCUCGAAAAUCACAAUUUUAAGCUUAACUCCGAAUACUUGUAACUCCCUCAAUUUCAAUCUGAUUUUGGAUCAACAAAUUUUGUUUUGAAGAGAAACGUUUACCAAAAAUACAAGCGGUUUUUUAAUUAAGUUUAAAAUAUUAUGCCGGGAAACCAAAAAUCAUGUAUCUCAGAACUUAUGUGUACCGUACGGUCUUGUGAAACAGUUCGGAAUGAUUAGAUAAUCGACAGCCUAUGGGAAAUUUACCGUACUUUUUGAAUUUUUGGAUCACGGUUAGCAUAUUGUCGCUCAUAAUCCGUUGAUCCCAAAUCCGUGAAUGUACUUUGAAGAACGAUUUCUUAUUUUUAUUGAAAGGUCCAUCAAAUACCUUAUUUUCUAUUAAAUCUUUUAAUCGGUCAAACGACUCAAAAGUUAAAAAUUUUUGCAAAAUGAUUGUCGAUUUUUGGCAACCCUGAUUCAAAAAGAAUUACCCUGAAGACCAAACAAACUCAUAAGGGUAUAAUAUUUUUCGAUAAAGAACAAGUAUACCAAUGUUGAGUAUGAUCUGAACGAUAAUUAGUCUAAUAAUAAGAAAGGUUUAACGGCAUUUUAGGUGAAUAACAAUUUCUGACAUCAGAAAUGAGUUCAGCACUCCAAAAUUGGCUUAUACGUUUUUGUAUGCCCGCGGUGUUAGUCAGACAAAAGAAUUUACUUCAAACUCACCUGACCAUAUCACUCCAAAAAAACUGUCCAUUUUACCCCAAACGGGACGCUUUACAAAAAACGCAAUUUCUUCCACUAUUUUUUCCACUAUGCUAUCGUAAUGUUUUAUCAAAAUGUAGCCUUCUACUAGACAAACAAGGCUGCAAAGCUGAUUAGACUUGAAAUAUUAAAGAAUUUCUCUAUAACCUUAAAUACACGAGCGUAAAACUUACAGCGAAAUCAACUUUUGAUGUUUCUUUUCUUUACAUUGGCACUGCGGUGCACCCAUCACAGCAAACCAUGAAAUUUUUAUGUUAGGUAGGGUUCGGUAGUUUAAGGAAAGGAUGAAGUAGUACAUGGAACCCGAGAAAGUCAUACUUUUCAAGAUAAAGCACCGGUCCAUUUAACCCCAGGGGUCCAAAUUACCCCAAACUACCCUAAAUGGAAGCAGCACGGCGAAACAAUUCGGGUGUGCUUAGACGCGCGUCAUUUUUCGUUGUUGAUAUUAUUCCCCACAUGAAACGACGCGCUUUCGUACGAUAGCGGCGGUAUUAGCGGUAGAUACAUUUGCCAACACUUACUCCAGUAAAGCCGUGUCUAAUUUUCAAUGUGAAAACACCUUCCUUUUGUGUUGGCCGUGCGCAUUAGGCCUCUGCCAGGCUAAACACGAAAAGCGGCGCGAACCGAUUCGCCCGGCCGUAGGUUAAUGUACAGCCGUGAGUAGAGCUGUGUAAGAGUAUUCUACUUCAACCUUGCGGUCGUGGCUUUGCACACAACCCUCCUGUGAUUUUUUUGUCGUAGAGCUACGUCUUCCGGUAAGCUUCUAUGGAAGGCAAAGUGAGGAGAGCUCAAAAUCGUCAUUUUCUUUUUCAUUUACUUUUCAAAUACUGUGUUUAAUUAACAUGUUAUUUUCAGGAGUAAUUUAGUGUAAAAAACUUCUAAGAACGGCAAUGAGUUUUUGUUCGGAACUCCAUCGCUAGUAGCGCUGCAAAAUAUAACUUUUGCUCUUUAGAGAAAUGUUGUCUUCAGCGAAGUUAUAGAUGAAGUUUUCACACAAAAAAUGCUAGGGACAUUUUUCACCUAACUUUUUUUGUUUUAUUGGAAUAACGUUUGAUCCUCUAGCGCCCAAGGUAAUUCCUAGGCGGGGUUCGGUAAAAUCACUAAGAAACAUUAGAAACACUUUACAGGUAUUUACUGAAGCUUUUUAGAGGUUUGACUGAAGACCGCCAAAAGGUGGCAUUGGGCACUAAAGGGUUAAUAUUGGACUAGUCCUUGAAAUAAUAUUUCUUCUAAUAUCUAAUAAACUGUAGCAUUUGGAAGACAACAAUGUUGAGCAUAUAUUUGUACAUCAUCCAAACACCAAAGAUGACAAGAACAAGAUAUCUGACUCUUGCAGAGUUCAUCGGACAUGAUUGUCGCUGCGCGUGAGCAAAAGUCGAACUAAUUUAUACACUGUUAAUAUGAUGUAUAUUUAACGCCAAAAUCAACUGACGACAAGGCCAAGACAUGACUGCUGAAAGGUGAAACAUUUUUUUCAGUAUCCAUGUGGACGACUACUGCCAUCCGAAAAAUGAUAAUAAUGUGUACGAAUGUUUAGUUCGCAAACAUGAAACUCUCCGGAAAAAUCAAGAAUUAUCGGCGCAACAUUUAAGAUUAACGUACCAUCAGAACUUUCUGAUAACCGCUAUGAGCACGCUCUACAGCCAAGUUUUCCACUCUUGCCGAGGUUAAUUAAAUAAAAAUCGGGUAUGCCGGUGAACCUGAUCAUAUGCACAAUGGUUCUGAACUAAGGGGCGACAUCUGGCUUCUUACUAUUCUUCCUCAUCCACCUCGAUGAUCCCUGUUGUAUUUUUCGUACGUGAUGCCAUUCACUCGGAAAAAACUUGGAUAUUUCAAUGCUUUUUAUCACCAUUAUGCACAAUUCCUCCUGUAAGCGAUAGUUUUAUCGUCUGAGGGUUACCGGAGAAUCUACAUUUUCAAUUUACUUAAAAUCGAACGUGUCAUCCAUCAAUGAUUAUGAUUCAUUCAAUGACCCAUCUGAAUUGUACUCUCAGCACAAGCAAUAUGCCUCAACAGGUAUGUUCCAAACUUAAUCCAGUACGGAUUCAAAUUAGAAAUACGCUUACACUACCUUAUUAACUCCCGACAUUGAGCAGCGGUAGGCUGUUCUUAUGCUUCACGCAAAACCGUAAUAACUCCUUGCGCACUUUUGGAUCUUUUGGUAAUUGAUAUUAGUGAUGAUCGAAGUCGGAUCUCGUACUACGCCCGUAUUUGUACGCUUUGUACUUUUUUUAAUGUUCACUUGAAAUUGUAUUAGAUUGUAACAGGUGACAUCAUUAAGAAACAUAAAUCAAAACAACGAGCAUUGUUGCUCAGCAACACUGCCAGCAAGCCUGAUGAUAAAUUUUAACGCACUCGGGGUUUUCAAUUUCAGCCAAUCAGCGAGUGGUUCCCAAAGUGGAUGCAAAUCUAUACCCAGUUGUCUCCCCUUAGGUUCUGAAACCUGGCUUGCGACAUACCCUGAAAAUGAAUCGCACGCUAAUCCCUAAUGCUUUUUAUAUAUGGUCGGUGUUAAGUCAGACCGGACCAAGUGACAUUUUGAUCAUUUCGAGAAAAACGAGUUUGAAGUUUGUUGCUCUGGGAAUUUUGAAGUUUUCAAUAUUUUUUGCACAAUUUUGAUGUUAUAAGCUGGAGUAACUCUCUAACUGAAUCAACUGUAUGUGACAAUUGAAAAAGGAGUGCCGUGAGCUCAAAAACAACAUCAACAAUUAUUGAAAAUAGUUUGAAUAAACUUUAAACUGUGUUUGUUUCAACAAAUCAAUGGUAGGAGCGGAAUGUUUUAAUGGAACAAAAGUAUGGUUGGUUCACUCAUUUAAGUUAUUCGUAAUCAUCCACUUUCUCUGCAACUUUGGCCAAAAUUGCCGUAGAAUUGGUAAUGGACUGGAUGGUUUCCUCGUGUUUUGGUUCUGGAAUUUCUGUCACGUUUGGAUGUAGUGCUUCAAGGACAGCUUCAUGAAAAGUUGGCACAGGUUCUCCAUUAUUGACUAUAAAAUAAUAUUGAAUAGAUAUUGACAACAUGCUUUACACACUUAAAUGUCAAUCGAGCCAGCUUCUUCUUGUAUUAAUAUGGAAGGUCUUUUCCAAACAAUCGCUUGUGUUGCCUUUAGCUUCGUAAUUUCAUUACGGGCAUAAAACUAAUUAGCUUGCAUAAAACAGUAACAAACAUACACUUACCACUUAUUUCAACCUCCUGAGGAUAUAAUUCAUUGGUUAAAUCAUUAAGUUUUAAGUUAGUAUUAUUACUGUAACUUGAACUUCUUUCUGGAAUUGUGGAAUGUUGUGUCACCCACACAAAUGACUAACGUUUCUCAUUUACGUGUUCAAUCAGAGUGGACCAUGUACAUUUUCCUUAUUCACUGGUAAAGUAUACUUUUUUGACUAACGGGCAAAGAAGCAUUCCGAUAAGUUGCCUGAUAGUGUUGAAAUUCAUUUAUGUUGACUUCAAACCGAUGCUGUAAAUUCCGAUAGUUUCAACUUUUUUCUGCUUAACACAUGGUUCACUUUGUCUGCACACUAUAAGGCAUUAUAUCAGGUCAUGUUAGUGACAGCAAUAAACGGUCCAAAAACACAUUCAAAACUACGGCAAUGCGUGAAACUUUACAGAUUCCGAUUAGGGGUGAGUGAAAGAGUUCUGUGAUACAAAGAAAGCCGGAAAAACGCUUGAAAAUUCUUCCGUUCGUUCGCUUUUAUCAAUAGCUGACCGUAGGCAGUCUCCUUGAAAAUAAACGUUUGGUCCAUUCUGACUGAACACUGUAAUCGCUUUUCAUUGGUCAUGCAGACAAAAAUCAUGCUGUUAUUUCUGCUGUUUUAGAGAAAAUAAAAUCUGAUUGUUGCGUGAUGUAGCUUAAGAAAAUCUUCAUCCAAUACUAUCGUUAACUCGUUUUUUCCAAUUUUGCGACUUAGUCCGGUCUGACUUAACACCGACCAUAUGAAUGUCAAUACACGAACCUAAUCAUUCUAUUAUGUCGACUCAUACCGAUUUUAAUUGGAAUCUACGGUAUUUUUACGUGUUUUGGCAUUUGACGCGUGUAAGCAUUGGAAUCUGAGUGUAAAAUUAUUGAUUUUGGUAUGCAUGACAUGGCAAGCCGAAGUGUAAUACACUCGACUUUGUGAUGUGAACUUAAGUGCAAGUGUAUUCCACGUAGAUAUGAAAUGUUUCAUCUAUUAGCACAGAAGUAAGUGGAAUCCACUUGGCAGUAACGUGUCGAUUUUUUACAGUGUAUCAAACUUUAAGUUUUGGUAGAUUGGGACCUGAAAAUAAAUAUUACCCCUCAUAAUAUACCCCCACUCUGGCAGUCAAUUUCACACUUUUCUUUCGAACUUUGGAAUGCAGAAAAUAUGGCAAUAGCAUUAAGUGCAAAAAAUGACAAUAUCAUUAAUAUGUAUGUUACCUUGAGCAUGUUACCUUGAGCGUCGAGCUGACCUAACUGCUACACUUUUUUCAUAUAUAAUCUUGAACAGCUCAACGAUCGAUGACGGACUAUGCACGGUUAAUCGGUUUUGCUCCUAGUGACAAUUUUAUGAGAAUUUAAGUCAUCAGAUGACAGCACUAACCGUCGGAAAUCGGUCGUGUUCAAAAUGUAUGAAUAAUAUGGGAGUUAGGUAUCUUGUUCUAGUUAUCUUUGCAAACACACAACUUUGUAAAGACAUACAAGUAGGAGAGUGGUAUGCAAGACACGACCGCUUGACGUUGGACGAUUCAAGCGGGAAUUUUUAGAUUAGAAAUUGUUUGACCUUACCGUUUACCGAUGACACGGGAUGAUUCCAGUUCUUUUGCUAUCGGCACACGCACAAAUAUAAGCAAUGACCAAAUGGCUGAAAGCAUAUGCGACGAGACAGAUCCGGAUAUUAUUACUAACAAGUCCGGACAUGUUCAGUAAUGCUGUGCAGUCCGCCGGGUGGUCCGUCUGAUGUGGAACGCUGCGAUCGAGUGAGUCACGUGCUCAGCCUUACUGCGCUAAAAUCAGACGCUGCUUUGCCGGCGGCGGGUCGAGCCAGUCUCCAAUAAGCGUCAACCGUCCUCUCGCCGCAGUAACAUUUAAGACUAAAUUUCUGCAAGCUGGAGCUUUAUGACUACUGAAAGUUAAAUUUUCAAGAGGCGUGACAUGCGUACUAGAGCGAAACGAAGUUCGCUAAUACGAUUUCCCUUCGUCUUUUUUUAAACUUUCAUACUAUUGAGCGUUUCUAUGGUCUGGAAAAUUUAAUCUACCAUUGUUGAGUGGAAUGAAACAUUGAACACAUGUUUGCUUAAGCGAACUGCGUAUUCUACAUAGAUUGAGGAAUUUUGCAGACUUAAGACUAAUUUCCUGAAAGUCCGUAUGCAUUAGGCAUAGGCUUUGGUCAAAGCAUUGUAGCUCAGAAACUAUUGGUUGCACAAAACGACUGUCUGAGAAUGAAUUAUAGGAAACAACAUAAAAAAACAAAACGACCAAAAAUAGUCAUGUUUUGAACGAGAAUUUCAACAAAUCAAACUUGUAAACAUUCAAAUUGAGAGUACACAAAGGUCUGUUCAACGCGGGGGAUGCGUUCCGAAGUUGUGUGGGACCGCGUGAAAAAAACAUUUUGAGUAGGACAUAUAACGAAGAGACCAAAAUGCGAUAUUUCAAAUUGUCUGUGUUUACACCAAAAAUUUAGAAUAAACGGAUAUCUGAUUCUUUUGGCCUUAAACGGAAAACGAGGUCGAUAUUUUGUACCGUUUUUAAUUAAUGGAGAAAAGCAACCCGCGUAAAAAACGCGUAAAAAAACCUUUCUGUAUUCGGAUUAAGAAUAAUGUUUAGAGGACAGAAAUCUAUCCCAUUUUAAAUUACAAGAUGGCAACUUCCGGUUUUCGUGAAACAGCCAAAAAGCCCAACAACAUCCAAUAUGAAUAUUUCCAGAAUCAGAACGAUACUUACAAACGGGAAAUAUACUCCAGAUGCCAUUUUAAAAUCCAACAUGACAACUUUUGGUUUUCGGAAAUGAUCAAAUUCCACCCAAUAUGGGUAUUUCUGUAAUCGGGAUGAUGCACAGAGACCAAUUCAUGUAUUUCUAAGACAUUUGUCAUAAAAAUAUUUUUCGAUAUCGACAAUUUUAUGUACUACUGCCUGUGCAUUUCUUAAUUAGUCGAAAAAGUUAAACUUUGACCGCUUUGAGGCUCGUGUUUCCGAAGUCAGAUUGAACUAAAUUUUGAAUGGAGGCUAUUUUUGAGAAAACGAAACUUUUGAGCACUAAGCGAUAUUAGAAGAUCACUUUUUUUUCGUACAACUCAUACCAUAUAUAUCUAGAGGAACAUUUCAAAAGGUCUUAUCUGCUUUGAUCGAUUUUUUGAUCGAUCACAUUUAUUCAAUCACCACAACUUAUCAAACACCUUUUAUGACACGUUAUUUGCACGAGUUGAUAGUGGAGGGAUCACUCUAGCCUUCUGAAUGAAAACCACGAUUGGGAAAGUUACUUAAGCUGAACCAUUACCAAAAUGAAAAGACGCUCCGGAAAAACGACGGAAGCAGAUAGGACCUUUUGAAAUGUUUAUCUCGAUAUAUACAACGGAAGAUCAAUUAACACAAAAAUAACAGCAAAGAAUUUUGAAAAACUUUGAAAAAAAUAAUGCAAGUAAUAAUAGCUCACCACAGUUCAUAAUUUUCAAUGGUAUACAUGGGCGCAACUAAGGAAAAUUUCUAGGGUGGGCUAGUUUUCAUGUAUUUCAUUUUAAAAAAGAGAAAAAAGAGUUUGAAUAUGCUUAUUUAAUGACGCUUAAAAUCGUAUCGUAAAAGCAGAAAAAAUCACUUCGGGAUAGAAUCUCCGAAGAUGUACUGAAUAUCUUGAACACAUCGUCAACGCCAAGCUCUUUCAGCAACAAUGAUUAGGGUUUGCAAUAUUCCCGUAAAUAGAUUUCCCGGGAAACGGGAAUGAAAAAUUUCAUUCCCCGGGAAUUCCCGGGAACCGGGAAAGGAAAAAAUCCUUAGAAAAAAUGAGAUUUCAAAUAAAGUUUAUUAGUGAAAAGUUUCAAACAAUCGAUUCACUCCAGAAAUUCAUGAACAAUCGUCUAUCAAUCGCCUCAGUUCCGCUGACAAUUUUUCGUUAGGCCCAAAUAAUGUAGUUCCCUGCUGUAAAACUUUGCUUAAGAUCGCUGAAUCACCGCUGGUGUCUGAUUUCUAAAAUACUUCUAAAUCACCGAUUCCAGCUCUUGCUACAUUUCAUUAGAAACUGAAGAGUCCAAUACUUUUAGUUUGUUGAAGAUAAAGCUGAGUGUUUGGCAGCGAGAUUUUAGAACAUUUGAAUGCCUUCGUAUUAAAUGUGAAAUCGCGGCCACGUCCAAGUUACACUGACUGAGUUUUAUUAAUUUAUUUAUUUCUGGUCGAAUUGAUUUACGGGUUUCAAUUUCUUUUAUCAAUUAACAGGUUUCAAUAUUUUUUGUUAAUAAACAAAGAAAAAAUCAAGCAACUAUCCGCGUAGUAGUAAACUCACUAGCGAAAAAAAGUCAUGAGACGAAGAAAAUAUUUCUUAAUUUAUCGUUCACUGAAUAAGACAGCAUAUAUUUUUGACAAAUAAAUUAAGCAAAUAAUUUGAUAUUACACGGCAAGCAAAUAUUGAUCGUCGUUUCAAGCAAAUAUUUGCUUCGUAUAAUGCACACUAUGGAGCUGCUCUACACUUAUACGAAGUAAGUUUCGUGUUUUGAUACGAUAUUUAGUUUUAUUGCAAUAUUGUAUGGCAAAUUUUUCGAGGAGCUCGGGAAUCCCGGGAUCCCGGGAAUCAAUAUUCCUAUUCCCGGGAUCCGGGAAUCCCGGGAAAAGGCAAUUCCCGGGAAAUCGUUCCCGGGAUUGCAAACCCUAACAAUGAUUCGAUAUUGGGGAGAGCUAGAUUUGGUAAACGGCUGGGCAGUGCUUUUUAACAGUUCACCCGUACUAGUUAGAAUAAAAUAGACCCCAGUGUGGUUCAAAGCAUAAUGCCCUAUUACUACCUCCACGUGGUACCGACUGGGAUACGAGCUACCAAGGAGAAACCGGUGAACCGGUGGGGUAGUUGUUCUCCUUAGAGAGCAGCUUGUCUGUGCGUCUACCCCACAUGCUAGGGGCGGCUCAAACAGCGACUGAUCCGGACCGGACGGUUGAACUAUUAAAUGCGGUGUCUCGCCAGCUACAUCCAUGGCGGCAGCUCCGUCGCGAGACUAGGCAUCGCAGCCCUAGUAAGGCAGCAUACUAAAAUAAACAUACUACGGAGAAUUAAGAAUUCGAAACGAACCGGAACAAUCGGCAAUGACCCAGCCGACGAAAUAAGGACGACGAUUAGAAGCUCAGUACAUGUAACAGUAGAUCGCUUAACGACCCGGAUGUCGAACGGAUUCUGCUGGAUCAGCUAGAACCCCGCCACUUCGACAUCGUUGCGCUCCAGGAACAUUGCCUGAAAGGAGAGAAGGUACGGUGGACAGGUUGUGUUUGUUGAGAAUUAAAGGCCGGUUCCACAACUACACUAUUCCCAAUGUGCACUGCCCUCACGAAGGAAGACCUGAUGCAGGGAAAGAAGCGUUCUACGCACAGCUGGAGAAACUCUACGAUAGCUGCUCGCGUAGAGAUAUCAAGAUCGUCGUUGGGGACAUGAACGGAAGGAUAGACUUAUAUAAGCCGGUUAUCGGCCCGCACAGCCUGCUAUGCACCAACUUCGCAGCUUCCCGCGGAUUAUCACUCCAAAGUCCCUUCUUACCUCGACCAACGUACUGCAAAACAAAUUGACCACGUUCUCAACGACGGCCCGUUCUUCUCAGACAUUACAAACGUACGCACCAAUCACUGUGAUGAUCGGACAUGACCACUUCGAUACAAGAAACUACAAAACCCUGAUAACCGGUAGUCCUCUACGGAAGUCCUUUUGAUAUUUUCGAACAGAUGGUGCCUAUCGGCGAACAGAAAGUGACUAUCUACGGUGGAGCAUAAGCGGACGACGGAUAAUGGCUACAGCGCAUGAACCAUGAGCUACAAGCGCUGCUUGGAGAGAACCCCAUUGCACACCUGGCGAAAGACAAUAGGUUGCGGUGGGCCGGUCACAUCGUAAGAAUGCCGGACGACAACCAUGUGAAAUCACUUCUCUCCAGCAACCCUACCGGCACAAGAAAUUAAGGGGCGCAGCGCGCAUGAUGGCUCGAUCAGAUCGAAAGAGACUUGCGAGUGAUGAGACGUCUGGGGAACUGCUCUGAUAUAUAGUAUGGGAUGUAUAUAUAUUGAAUACAAUCAUUCUCUAGGAAAUUCUAGGGGGGGCUAAACACGUUCUAGGGGGGGCUUCAGCCCCCCCCUAGCCCCCCCGUAGUUGCGCCCAUGGGUAUAGAGGAAAACUCCGCACGAGUUAUUGCAAAUAAAUUAAACACACAUUAGAGAAAAUUUUAGACAUAAUCGUCAAAGGCCAGCAAAUGCAUUAUCUAAACAGUAAUGAUUUGGUAAUCCCAGAGAAAUCAGGUUAUCGAGAAGGGUACUCUUGUGAGUCUGAAUUGAAUUUAGUGUUAGAAAAUCGGAGCAGAGAAACUAUUUUUGCGAUAUUUCUGGAUUUAAAACGCUCUUUUUAAACAAUUUCAAUGUAAGAAACGUUAUGGUAUCGUAGGAACUGCAUACAAAUGGUUUCAAAGUUAUUUGUGUGCUAGAGCUCAGAAGACUCGUUUUUAUGAUUCUGAAUCAAUUUCCAUUGCUAAUACAUCGGAUGUUCCGAAAGGAAGUGUUUUAGAGCCCAUUUUGUUUAAUGUAUAUAUUUUGACAUGGAGCGUGUUUUACGGUUUUGCGAUGUAAAUUUAUUAACCGAUGACACUGAUUUGUUCAUUGCGGCUAAAAAUCCAAAUGAUGUUGAUGCAAUUUUUUAACCAAGUUUUGAAUAACUUAAACUAAACUUUAACGAAACAAAAUAUUUGAAUAUUUCUUCGGCCAACUUCAAAUCAGACGUAAACAUUGGUGAAACGAUUGAUCGCGUGAAUGAAUUGAAAUAUCUUGGAGUAAUCAUUGAUGACAAGUUAAUUUGUAAGUCUCACAAUGUUAUUGUCAUCAGAAAAAUGGCUCAAAAAUAUUGUAUUAUGUGCCGUUUGAAAAAUGAAUUAACUACACUGGGGUCGCUUUUUACGCGGUUGGUUGUACCGCAUUUAAAAGAUUAGAUUCUACAUAUGGGUCAUCCCAUACGAAGUGACCACGGAAAAGAAUAAACUUGGACACGACCAUCACGGAUUUGGCUCAAAGCUGGGGGAAUUGUUCAUCUAGGUUCACUAUGAAAAAUCUCAAUUUUGGUGUCGAUUGGAAUACCCCCCGCUCUGUGGAACCCCCCUCUUUGUGACAAAGUCAGGCAAUUUUUGUUCAAAAUUCCGUUUUUCUUUUUUUAACAAUUCAUAGAUGUAGGACGUCCGCAAAAUACUGAUAGAUGAUUUUUAAAGAAAAUAAACCAAGGAAUCCAAAAAAAAUAUAAUUUUAGACUGGAAGUGUUGCCAGAUAGAUUAUUUUUGUAUAUUUUUGUAUUUUCGGAAAAUUUUACGUAAUAAACACUUAUCACCCCGUGGUAAUAUGAGCCAAUCUCGAGAUAUAGCAUUUUUACGAAAAACUGAUUACGAAAUUUAAAACCAUUUUUGUAAAAAUGCUAUAUCUCGAGAUUGGCUCAUAUUACCAAGGAGUGAUAAGUGUUUGUUUUGUAAAGUUUUUCGAGAAACACGAUGAAACCUUCAAAUUCAAAAUAAACUCAGCUACAUUUGCCAAAAAAUGCCAAUUUAGUUUUAAAGUAGAAAAAUAAUCUAUCUGGCAACACUUUCGGUCAAAAAUAAUAUUUUUUCUGGAUUCCUUGGUUUAUUUUCUUCAAAAUUCACUCAUCACCAUUUUUAGGAUGUCUUACGGCUAUAAACUAUAAAAUAAACUAAUUACGAAAUUUACAACUAUUUUCGUAAAAUUGUUAUAUCUCGAGAUUGGCUCAUAUAAAUUCGGAAUGAUAGUUGUUUUUUACGUGAAAUUUUCCAAGGACCACAAUGAAAUGAUCAAAUUAAAAAUAAAAAUGGCUGCAUUUGCCGAAAAAUCUAAAUUUAGUUUUCAAAUACAAAAAUAAUCUAUCUGGCAACACUUCCAGUCAAAAAUAUUUUUUUUGGAUUCCUUGGUUUAUUUUCUUUAAAAAUCAUCUAUCACUAUUUUGCGGACGUCCUACAUUAAUGAAUUGUUAGAAAAAGAAAAACGGAGUUUUGAACAAAAUUGCCUGUAUUUGUCACAAAGAGGGGGAUCCCACAGAGCGGGAGGUAUUCCAAUCGACACCAAAAUUGGGAUUUUUUCAUAGUGAACCUAGAUGAAUAAUUCCCCCAGCUUUGAGCCAAAUCCGUGAUAGUCGUGUCCAAGUGGCAUGUACACUUCGUGCUAAACUUAUUUGCUACCGCGUACAAAUAAUCUUACAAAUCGAGUGAAAAUAAUCCGUGUGAUUGUAAAAAUACCCCGUUUAAAAAAGCGCAUAUAAACAACCCGCGUAAAAAGCGACCCCAGUGUUCUAUUAGCAAAAAUUAGAUUCAAUUACACAUAUUUGAGCCACGUCCGCGUAGACUGAAAUAGACUAUCUGGAUACUCAGUACAUCAGAAUUAAAACCCUGAAAUCCAAACAAAAAGCAUCAGGGUGACACGAGCUCACGACAAUUAUAUCCUGAUUGUGGCUAGUCUGGCACUCUGUGCAUAAUUUUAAGGCAAUUUGGUGAAAAUAUAUAUGUUUUUUUUUAAUUUUACGGCUUUGUAUGCAAGAAGAUUCGCCAGUUUUUCUGAAAUCUUAUGAUUUAAUUUUUUCGAUUUUUCUAGCUUUUGAGCAGAGGUUUUUGUAUACUAUGUCCCAAUUAUGACUAGUUUGGCAUUUUGUCGACAAACUUAAGAUAUAUAUUUUGGUCAAUUUGCAUAUCUGCAUUUUUUAAACUAUUGGGGCUUUGGAUGCAUGAAACUUUGCCAAUUUUUCUAUUUGAUAGGCAACACUCGCAUCAACAGCUAAUAGAGAAUCGGCGUGAAAUAUCGUACUCCCGAGCGUCUCCGUCGGUAGGCGUGGAUUGAGCGGUCGUGCAUAAUGCUUCGGUGUAAACGCGUCUCCGGUCCGGGAGAGUUCUGCUCAUAUAAAUGUUUUCGAAAUGUAGUGUAAUAUACUACACACACACACACACACACACACACACACACACACACACCUGUGCGUGGCUCUAAUAAUACUCUAUUGUUUAUUUCUGAAUCGGUUCUUUGAAUCGGUCUCAAAGCAAGAAAUCGCUUUUCAAGAACAGACGAACAAUUUACAAGAAACGUCGUUAGUCGACCUGUUAAGCUCAAAGCCAGAUGACCGGGUCACCGAAUAUCUAGAGACUCCGCGUCGAUACCUUUCAUGAGGUUGUAUUUUCUACAGACUGGUUAUAACCGUGUUAUAAUUUUCGGUAUACAGAGGGUCACUUCACGAAGAAGUGAUAGGAGUAGCGAGGCGUUAACGUAGGCUCAACUCUCGUAGCUUUCGUAACAUUGUGUAGUCAGCUGAGAUAAAUCAAUGAGAGAUAUGUUUCGGUAGUUGCAUAAUGACUUCAUAAACAGAUUUUCGAAUAUUUGAGUCUGUCUUGAUUAGGUUAUAGGUCCGGUAUCCUUGCGUGCGCUUUAUUUUUGCGGUGUUACAUCAUCAACCGGAAUGAGUUCGGAUCGCGUUAUGAUUUCCGUAAAAGAUAUAAUGAACUCGUACGCGCGAUAUUUGUUAUUAUGAACCCGGUACUAGAACUCAGCGCAUCGUUUACCAAAACGAAACCUGCUGCAAAUCUUACCCUUUUCUCCAACAUCCCAGUGAUUUCUCGUGGAAGUGCAGAGGUGUUCUCGGCUUCCAAUAAAGCGAGUAUCACGUCAACAUAUUCCUAUACACACUCCUUCUUUGACCUGCAUUCGGAUGCGGCCGGCGCUGGUAUUGCCUAAUAUAAAGAUUAAGGUCACCAGUUGUUACACAUUGAGGAUGACUGUUAAUCCCAAGCAUCACCCAUUGGUUCUCUGUGUAAUUACAGCUGAUCUGGCAAUAACGGAGUAGCAACCGCGGGCGGUCAAUCAUGCUCAUGCUCAUGCUGAAAUCCAAACAAAAAGCAUAUUGGGUUGAUAACUGAAAAGGCUUGGGUUGGCCAGUGGACUGUAGAGCUCUUUAUAUACAUAGUAUCAUAGGAGAUCUCCCUCUUAGUUCUGGAUCGUUAUCCGGAAUCAAUUCUGAUUAGUUAACACUUUCAAAUGUUAGGUUUAGUUUUGAACCCAGUCCGGAUAAUUUUCUUGUUGGAAACGUUCUCGAUGAGCUUGGAUCAAUAAUGUAACUGGAAAAGCGUUUCUUUAUUUAUUUUUAAAUUAUUGGUAUUCUUUUGAAAGGUUACUAGACAUGUCUGUUUAAAUAACCAGUCCAAUAUUUGUUUGCCAACCGGUUUGAUUGUAUAUCUCUAUAUAAUAUUUUUCAUAGAUAAAUCAACCAGCUCAAACCGAUGUAGGAGUUUGAGGUAAGAUCAUCAUCAUCGUAAAUUUCUGCUAGAACGAAAACUGUAUUAACCUAAUUUUGACGUAUAACGUAAUUACCUUUUGCUUAAAUUCUUUCUAUUUUCUUAUGAUUAAUCUCAUCACAAUCGUUCGUGCGCACGGCUACGCUCUUCCCUACUUGCCAGAACUCGAUAAAGUGUGCCAUAGAAAUAGACACUGCUGAAUGUUGACAAAAAUUUGAUUGAAAAGAAACGCUAGAAUAAAUUUUAGCGAAUUUAUUGGGAACAAUGAGAGUACAAUAUGGUGGGCAAUUGUGCGAAUUUAUAGAGUGUAACCAAAAUUUCACGCUCGUCCCACGAUGGACUUGACACGUGGGCCUAAUAAAAACACACACGAGUUUGUUCGAAAGUAAUAACAACAGUAGUUGCUAACAAUGGUUAAGUGUAACGUGUAAAUUCAAUUAAACAUAACCUGAAGCAAAAAUGAGUUUCAUAUGACCUAAAGCUGUAAAACAGAACAUUGCUCUGUCAAUUAGAGUUAGAAUCCUCCAAAAGAAUUAAAACAAAAAUCGGCUAUAUUUUCUGAUAGACACCUAAGCUAUGGGGAAGGUAACGGAGAGGCAAUAAGACAAAAGAAGUCUUCACUGAAUCCAUGUGCUUGUUAUUGUAAAGAAUUAAAAUUAGUGGUAGAAUGUUGUACUUGUACUAGCGAAUCAGAUGUUGACACUGAUGAGUCGAAAAGACGCGACUAUCAAUCAAAAUCGUUCAAUUGCUAUCGAUAUAUUGGCACUUUUACUUCUUAGUAUUUUUAUACAAACUAUUUUUAUGUAUACAAAACUAACAACACAAUCUGCAAAUUAUACUUAUCAGUAAAGUUACCUACAUAUACACACACACAUUAUACUAGGCAGCUCUAUCCGGAGGCUAUCUACUGAUACUAGGUACUGAGAAUAAAAUAUAUUAUAAAACUGUUUCUACUAUACAUACUAAAAGGAAUAUACUCGAAUAAAAGAUGUAAAAAACAUAA